AUGACUAUACACCAUACAAGCUCGCCGACUUCGGUGGCCGAGUUGACAUCAGCUGAUAAGCACCAACAUCAACAUAUCGAACAUCAAGAACAAGAACAAAGUCAAGGACAAGAACAAAGUCAAGGACAAGACCAAGGACAAGGACAAGAACAAGAGCAAGAACUAGGACAAGAACCAGGACAAGAACCAGGACAAAGUCAGGAACAAGAACAAGGACAAGAACAAGAAGGUCCUCAACAGCAACGGGAUGGUUUGCAACCUCACGAUGAACAAGGUUUACAAAAACAAACACAAUCCCAACAAGACCAGGAACAACACCAGAAUCAAGCGGGCUUUGUGAACCACGCGCACCCACCACACCAGCCUAUUAAGCGAAGGAGGAAAUCAUCCAUCACCCCACCAUUUGCAUCCUCUUCCCAGAAUUACAACAAGAUUUCAGAAUACUACAAUCGCAUAUACCACAAUUAUUACCAUUCGAAACACGUGUUGUCACCUAACCCGCGCUACGUCAAUAUCAAAACCUCGGUGAAUCACUGGCAGUUGAGAGACUUGUUAAAGUACUGUCCUAACGAAAAUCAGAUUUGCUUUACAAAGAAUGAUACUAUACAAUAUUAUGAUUUCGACACAAUGACAACUGGGGAAAAGACGGUUAACUUUGAUUAUUACCCAAGGUGUUUUGAUAUCAGUGGCGAAUACACAGCUACCGGCGGACUUCUCACUUCAACCUCGUCGAAAACCAUGAACUUGACUAAUGUUUUGGAGUCAAGUACCUUGCAACAACAACAACAACUGCUGCAACAACAUCAACUUCAACUGGCAUCUUCAAUGAUUAGAAGAAAUAUUGCAAAGGGAUUAUUCUCAUUGUGCCGCGGAGAUCAGACGCACACCAUCAAGAUUGGAGAACAAAUCAAUAAUGAUGUCAAGAUAAACCCCGUUUCGAACCAGAAUCUACAGAUUCACUUGUCAAACAAUGAUAGCCACUUGUAUUGUAUGGAUGUGAGCAACUCACAGUUUACCAUAACAAACAAAAUAAACUGUGAGCAAAAUACCUGUCUUAAUGCAAGUGCAAAAAACCCAAGGUCAAAUUUAAUCACCGUAGUUGGUGACUCGUCAUCGAUUUUCCUUGUAGACCCAUUACUGAAGUCACCAGUGACUAAAACAAUCAAGGGUGAUCACGAUGGCGGGUUUAGUGUAUCGUACCACCCGGAUGGUAAUAUAUUUUCCACUGUUUUCCAAGAUGGUAUCUGCCAACUUUAUGACUUGAGAAAUUUAUCGUCCCCACUACACGAGUUUGAGUCAACAAGAGUGGGACACCAAUCUGGUGCAUUCAGAGUAUGCAAGAUUUCACAAACAAGUGGAUUAAACUGUGGCAGUGAAUUGAUGGUAAUAGCAGAGCAUGUUGGCCGGGUACACUUGGUGGAUUUAAAGACAAUGGAGAGACAGGUUAUUGUUGUUCCCGCAGCAUUGGACCAAUUUGCCACACACCAAUUGAAUGGUACAUCAGGUGUACGGGAAAUGGAAAUAUAUGGAGAGCAAGGUACAAUGCUCCAGCAAUCCCAAGGGUUUAACUCACCAUUGGUGUAUGAGUAUGAAUACUUGGUGAAUAAGAAAAUUUUUAAGGAUUUCAGUUAUGACUCGAUGAAUGAAUCACUGGGGGAUGUACUCAAUAUGCUUAGAAGAAACUCCCAACCAUUGAACCCAUUGCAAACACCACCUCAUUACCAACAACAUAGCCAACGCCACCAACUUCCACUGCAACAACAAGAGUAUCAUCGACAACAGCAGCAACAGCAGCAACAGCAGAUGCGCCAAGUGUAUGAUGAAAUUGACUUGGAUCAGCAAUUGAACGAGAUAUACCGUACAUAUACCCCACAUUCAACUGCAAUAAACCACUCGGGAUCCAAUAGUUCCACAAACUCAGUCUCAAGUUCAAUUUAUCACUCGGGAUGGUGCGAAGAUUCGUAUCAACAACUGACAAAUCACGUGCACGGAGAAAUGGAGCUCAGUGGAGUGGAUUUUAUUCCUGGUGCAACAUAUGGUGGUAGUGGUAGUGGUAGUGGUGCAGAAAUGAGGAUUGCAAUUGCAUGUCAGGAUGCAGGUAUGGUACUUUGGGACGUUAAUUCAAUGUUGAGACGUAGUAUUGGUGGAAGUUUUGAAUUUGUUUAG